AGAGGAGACAUUGUUGCCUGUGAAGCAGGCUGGAAGCCUAAUAAGGAAGUGCUGUGUGCUCUGAAUGCAGAUUCUCAUUGUGAUCGAGCUCCAAAGAAUCUUUAAAUUCCAAUCUCAUGGAGGAUUAGCUGGGAGGAAUUUUAAAGGAUGAGUUUUUCCCAAAAGGGGGUCUUCAGUUAAGUGUGCUGGUUCCCUGGGUGAGAGACUAACGUAUCUGGCCACAAUUUCACGCACACAACGGAGAACAAGAAAUACUGUUUGCCGCAGUGAUCGGAAUUGCUGCAUAAAGCGUGCAACCAUCGUGUCAAAUUAACAUGCUACGCUGCUUUAUAUGAAAUCUAGACUCGAAUGCAAAUGAAGCCAUUUUCUGAGCCGAUGUCCAAUGAGUAAAAAUGGCUCCGGUUUUGUCCAGCGAACAAGCACUCCUCUGGGAAUGGGGAGGUUUAGCGGCAGUGUCUACAAUCUUCUUCAUCACCUUCCUUCUGUUUCUUUGCUCUGUCUGUGACAGAGAGAAGAAAGCAAAAAACCAAAAUGGGGAUGUUGACAAUCUGGUGAAUGCGCCCUCCGAUAAAGAAACUUACAGCCACUCCAUCACAAGCUUGGGAACCGAACCACCAGCCAGUUAUCGCAAUGGAGCUGUCAGCAAUGGUGAUGUUUCAGAAGAUAGCACAGCUGCCUUCAUCCAGCCUUAUGAAGAUGUGCAGAGCUCUCUUCCUGACCUUUGUGACCUCCAAGACUAUUCUGGAAAAUCAUCGAGGUGCCAUCAAAGCAGAGAGUUGCCUAGAAUCCCACCAGAUAGCAAUAUGGAACCUGCUAUUUCUCCAGGCGAGACCGAAAGUGAUGUUCCUCUCGGAAAUGAAGGACCAUACGAAGUGCUCAAAGAUAGCUCUUCCCAUGAGAAUAUUAUUGAAGAUUCUCUUUAUGAAACAGUAAAAGAAAUUAAAGAGGUUAGUGCACCAGCUGAAGCAGAUGACAAAGAUCAGGAUACACAUGAUCUACACCAGAGAACUAAAGAGUGCAAGAUGGAUGUUGGUGUUGAAUAUGCCUCUGUAGAUCAUAACCGAAAAAGCAGACAGAGCAUCAAUACACAAAGUGCUGCAAGUACCCCUACUUCUCAGGACUAUGAUAUCCCCCCUCCCCUGCCGAAGAAACUAUUGGAUGAAAACGAGAAUGUGCAAAGCAAAGAGGUGGAGGAUCAAUCUGUUGAACAAGGGGAGAACCUAGAAGGAACAAGUAAUGAGGGAAAGAGACAAAGUUCUCUAUCCUACAAAUCUCGGGAAGAAGAUCCAUGUCUUACGGAAGAUGACAUUUCUGCAAUGUAUUCUAGAGUAUCCAAGCAUGGGAAGUCCCGAAAAGACGAUGAGGAUUUAUCCCAUUACUCAUAUAUUCAAGAUGUUGACACUGACCUUUCUCCAACCACCUGCAAUGGCACAUAUGCUACGGUCGGGGACAUUGAAAAAAGUGCCAAUAUCAGUGGCUUUGUGCCAUCAGUCGAACAAAUUAAUGGUGGGACAGAUCCCGAAUAUGAAGCAAUUGCAACCCUCAGCCGGGAAGAGGAGAGGACUAUACCAUAUUCUAAUACCAGAGAAACUAUUCUCCCACAUGGAGAGAGUGACUAUGAAAGUAUUGGUGAUUUGCAACAAAAUGCUGAAUUUACAAGACUUUAAGGAAUACAUUUUUAACUUUAAUUUUUUUUGGGGGGGGGGGGGGCGGGGUGGAUAUGGCACAUUAUGAGACAAACUAUCUUUAAACCACCCACUGAAUGGUCUUAUGAAAGAAGCACACAUAUCUGCUUGCAAAAAAUGCCUUUCUACAGCAUGACAAUGUUAAUUAUUUUUUACAGAAUUUCAUAUAUUUUCAACGAUGAGUCAAUGGGUUGCUUCAUUUAGUUUUGUUUACAAAUCAUGUAUAUAUAUAU